AUGCCAAUUGACCAAGAAAAACUAGCCAAAUUACAAAAGCUAUCUGCUAACAAUAAAGUUGGUGGUACCAGAAGAAAGUUCUCUAAAAAAUCUACUUCUUCAGUCAGUGGUGCCAACAAGGAUGACACCAAAUUGCAUGCUCAAUUAGCUAAGAUGAACGCUGUCACCGUUGACAAUGUUGCUGAAGCCAACUUCUUCAGAGAAGAUGGUUCUGUCAUGCAUUUCAACAGAGUUGGUGUUCAAGUUGCUCCACAACAUAACACUUCUGUCUUCUACGGUUUACCACAAGAAAAGAAAUUGCAAGAAUUGUUCCCAGCCGUUCUUCCUCAAUUAGGUGCUGAAGCUAUUCAAGCUUUGAACCAAUUGACUUCUCAAUUGAAGGAACAUGAAGAAAAGCAAGCUAAGAAUGAUGGUGAAACUGCCAGUGAAGCUGUUCCAGAUUUGACUGCUGAACAACCAGACGUUGAAUAA